UCGUCGCCCGACGCCCGACAAUUGAGUGAAAUUGUUUCUAUUUUCAACACUUCCUUGGCGUCCGCGUGGACACGUCAGUGGUGCGUCGAUUCCGGGCCGAUUCGGAGGUGCCUCCUCCCCGAAUGUGAAAGGCUCCCCUUCCCGGUGUGUGUGUGUGAUGGCGUCAGGACGUCGUCAACUUCUGUCAUGCCUGGUGCCACUGUUGUUGAUUUGCGGGUCCCAAAAUGUUGCCCCGAUGAUGCAGCUCCGCUUCCCGUUCAGCCACACCAACUUCAGUCUCAGUCUGUACAAGGCAGCCUUCAAACCGGAGCAGAAUGUGAUCGUGGCACCGUUUACGCUCCAGAACUCGAUCGCGAUGCUGUACUCGAUCGCGAGCGGUGCAUCGCGCGAACGGCUGCGGGAAGUGUUUGCGCUGCCGGCCAACUUCAGCGAGUUCCUGGCAGAGCAGAAGGAACUGCACUACACGCUCAGCGAAGGAUCGGAGGGCUUCCGGAUGAAGAACCGCAUCAUCGUGAACGGGUUCCGCGAGGUGGACUCCCAAAUGCGGGACAUUAUGGCCGAGGACCUAAACACGCUGCUCAUGUACCUGGACUUUUCGCAACGCGAGAGUGUGAUGCGGAGGGCGAACCACUUUCUGAACGUGCGCACGAACGGCCUCAUCCGGGACACGCUGUUCCUGGGGGACGUUCCGAAGCACCUGCAGUUGAUACAGCUGAGCGCGGGGCUAUGCCGACCUCCGUUUGCCAGUGGGUUCGACGCCCGGGAUACCUUCGCGCGCGACUUUCGGUCCGGGUGGAUCGAAAAGCUGUACCAAACGACCACCAUGUACAAGGAGGGUGACUUUCGGUUCGCGCGCAUCCCGGAGCUGGAGAUCGAAGUGCUGGAGUUGCCGUUCCAGGCGCGCAGCGAUUCGAGCAUGUGGAUCAUGCUCCCGGACCGGGACGCUGGGCUGGAGCGGAUCGUGAAGGUGCUGGAGCCGGAACACUUUGACGCGAUCCACGCCCAUUUCAGCAGCAAGCGGGCCAGCAUCGUGGUGCCGGUGUUCUCGAUCAAGACGGAGUUUAAUGCGACAGACUUUCUGCGCGACACGAUCGGGCUCGAGCCGUUAUUUCGGUUACGGGAGCUGCGGUUCUUCAGCGACCAGGACUCCGGGCUGGACAGUGUGAUGCACCGGGCCGCGAUCAGUGUUCACGAGCGUACGGCCGAGGCCGGUGGUGUGGCGGCCGUUCACAGCUUCAGCAAACGCAGCACCGCCAGCUACCAGUUCUACGUCGGACGGUCGUUUCUGUUCGCCAUCCUGAAGCGCUCCUCGAAGCAGAUUCUGUUCAUUGGCCACCUAUACCGGCCACACGAUUUGGUCGAAGUGUGAAGCGUAGUGCCCUCUGUGUGUCAUUCGCUGAUGUGCCUGCCAACGGUGAAUUUAAGGAACCGAAUUUGGACGGUGCGAAA